UGCGCUCCAAGAAAGACAGGGCGGCCGCAUGGAGAGGGUUGCGUUGCUCCGCUCCUUAUCCUGCUCCACCACGGCCUAUAGGCGCCUCCUCUUCCGGCCCCGCUCCGCGUCCCGACUCUUCUCAUCCAACCUCUGCCGGCCGCGGCCGCAGGAGCUGCAGCUCCGCGCCUUAUCCUGCUCCGGCGCUUCUCGAUGGCGGCCGGGUCCCGCCCCGCCCCUUCGCCUCAGACGACGCUUCUCUCCUUCCAUUCGGGCCAUUUCCACUUCCCCCUCGCCCGUCUCAAGAGGUGCGGAUAUAGAUAGCAGAAACGACAUAGCGGAGAAACUUGGAUUUGAAAUAAUCUCCGAACAAACAAUUAAUGAAUGCAAAGCUACUGCUGUAUUAUAUAAGCAUAAGAAGACUGGCGCAGAAAUUAUGUCUGUAUCAAAUGAUGAUGAGAAUAAAGUUUUCGGCAUUGUUUUCCGUACUCCUCCAAAGGAUUCAACAGGCAUACCUCACAUACUCGAACAUAGUGUGCUGUGUGGUUCCAGAAAGUACCCACUAAAAGAACCCUUUGUUGAAUUGCUAAAAGGUAGUUUGCAUACUUUUUUGAAUGCGUUUACAUAUCCAGACAGGACUUGUUAUCCAGUUGCUUCAACAAAUACAAAGGACUUCUACAAUUUAGUUGAUGUGUACUUGGAUGCUGUUUUCUUUCCUAAAUGUGUGGAGGACUUUCAAACAUUUCAGCAGGAGGGUUGGCAUUAUGAGCUUAACAAUCCUGAAGAAGAUAUAUCCUACAAAGGUGUUGUCUUCAACGAGAUGAAAGGAGUAUACUCUCAGCCUGAUAAUAUACUAGGCAGAGUUUCUCAGCAGGCCCUUUUCCCUGAAAAUACCUAUGGUGUUGAUAGUGGAGGUGAUCCAAAAGUCAUUCCGAAGCUUACAUUUGAAGAAUUUAAGGAUUUCCAUCAUAAAUAUUACCACCCUAGCAAUGCUAGGAUAUGGUUCUAUGGAGAUGAUGAUCCAAAUGAACGGCUACGUAUUUUAAGUGAAUACCUUGAACAAUUCGAAUCGAGUUCUGCCCCUAACGAAUCAAAGGUUCUACCACAAAAGCUGUUCAAGGAGCCAGUGAAGAUUGUAGAGAAAUACCCUGCUGGUGAUGGUGGUGAUCUCAAAAAGAAACACAUGGUCUGCCUUAACUGGCUUCUGUCUGAAGACCCCUUGGACUUGGAGACAGAGCUUACUCUUGGUUUUCUGGACCAUCUUUUGUUGGGAACACCAGCUUCUCCACUAAGAAGGAUCCUAUUAGAAAGUGGCCUGGGAGAUGCUAUUGUUGGUGGUGGAAUUGAAGAUGAACUUCUUCAGCCCCAGUUUAGUGUUGGACUAAAAGGUGUCUCUGAGGAUGACAUACAUAAGGUUGAGGAAUUGAUUAUGGGAACACUUAAAAGUCUAGCAGAGGAAGGUUUUGCACCUGAAGCUGUGGAGGCAUCCAUGAACACAAUUGAAUUCUCACUUAGGGAGAAUAACACGGGUUCAUUUCCUCGAGGCUUAUCUCUGAUGCUUCGCUCCAUUGGAAAGUGGAUAUAUGAUUUGGAUCCUUUUGAACCUUUAAGAUAUGAAAAGCCAUUGCAAUCUUUAAAAGCACGCAUAGCAGAAGAAGGAUCUAAAGCUGUUUUCUGCCCACUUUUAGAGAAAUUCAUCUUAAACAACCCUCACCGAGUCACAGUUGAGAUGCAGCCUGAUCCAGAUAAAGCUUCUCGUGAUGAAGUUGUUGAGAAGGAAAUCCUGGAUAAAGUUAAAUCCAGCAUGACGAAAGAAGAUCUUGCUGAGCUAGCACGUGCUACACAAGAGCUCCGCUUAAAGCAAGAAACUCCAGAUCCACCGGAAGCUUUAAGAUCGGUUCCUAGUCUGUCAUUACAAGAUAUUCCCAGGAAACCUAUACAUGUUCCCACAGAAAUUGGCGAAAUCAAUGGGGUAAAAGUUUUGCAGCAUGACCUUUUCACCAAUGACGUUGUUUAUUCAGAAGUUGUCUUUGAUAUAAGUUUGCUGAAGAAAGAACUUCUUCAACUAGUACCAUUAUUCUGUCAGUCUUUGCUAGAGAUGGGUACCAAAGAUAUGGACUUUGUGCAACUAAAUCAAUUAAUUGGGAGAAAGACAGGGGGAAUAUCAGUUUAUCCCUUUACAUCAUCUGUACGGGGAAAGGUAGAUCCAUGCACCCGUAUUAUUGUUCGAGGAAAAGCCAUGGAAGCAAGGGUUGAAGACCUAUUUAACCUGAUCAAUUGCAUUCUCCAAGAUGUUCAGUUCACUGACCAACAACGCUUUAGGCAGUUUGUUUCCCAAAGCAAAGCAAGAAUGGAGAGCCGAUUAAGAGGCAGUGGCCAUGGUAUUGCAGCUGCAAGAAUGGAUGCCAAGCUAAAUGUUGCAGGAUGGAUUGCUGAACAGAUGGGUGGUAUCAGCUAUUUUGAGUUUUUACAAGAUCUUGAAAAGAGAGUUGAUCAAGAUUGGGAAGGAAUUUCUUCUUCGCUUGAUGAGAUACGCAGAUCCCUGCUCUCAAGGAAAGGUUGCUUGAUUAAUGUCACUGCUGAUGGAAAAAAUCUUAUGAACUCCAUGAAAUUUCUAGAGAAAUUUCUUGAUUCAUUACCAAGUACUCCAUCCAUCGAGGUUGGCUCCUGGCAAUCUCAACUUCCUCCUGUAAAUGAAGCAAUCGUCAUUCCUACCCAGGUUAACUAUGUUGGGAAGGCUGGAAACAUAUAUGAAACAGGAUAUCAGCUCAGUGGUAGUGCCUAUGUCAUUUCCAAGCACAUUAGUAACACAUGGUUAUGGGACCGUGUUCGGGUUAGUGGUGGUGCAUAUGGAGGCUUUUGUGAUUUUGAUACUCAUUCAGGAGUCUUUUCAUAUUUAUCCUAUCGAGAUCCAAAUCUAUUGAAAACCCUAGACGUUUAUGAUGGGACAGACAGUUUCCUUCGUGAGCUAGAACUAGAUGACGAUACACUGACGAAAGCGAUUAUUGGUACUAUUGGAGAUGUGGAUGCAUACCAGCUUCCAGAUGCAAAAGGUUAUAGCAGUUUAAUGCGAUACUUAUUGGGUGUGACGGAGGAGGAACGUGAAAGAAGGCGUGAAGAGAUCCUUUCAACCAGUCUGAAGGACUUCAAGGAGUUUGCAGAUGCCAUUGAAGCAGUGAAGAACAGUGGUGUCGUGGUUGCUGUUGCAUCACCUGAAGAUGUAACUAGGGCAAAUACCGAGCGGUCGGGAUUUUUCGAAGUUAAAAAAGUUCUGUGAGUGUAAUUUUUGGCAUUAUCAGCAACCAGUACCGUUUCAGAAGGUGGAUGCCAGUGUGAGUUCUUCCAGAUACAAAGAUCUAAUAACUGCCCAAGGGUAUCCAUAAACAUGGGGAUCUGCACCAGCGUUAAUCCGAAGCACAACCAUGGUAACAAAGAAAAUUACAUAAAACCUUGUAGCUGGCGACUCCUAGUUUUUUUCUUUUUUCUCUUAGAAUGCAUUGACCAUUCCAUAAUUUAUUUGGAAAUUAAUUAAUUAAUUAGAAACUUGGGUCAGGAUGUCGCUAUUAGUUAGAUCUUUGAUGGAAGUGCAUUACUACAUAUAUCAGUGUUCCAUUUCCACUGUCAUCAAAUACGGAAAUCUUGGAAAAGCAACUGCAUUUGUGUCCUGCAAAGAGCUUGUAAUAUACGUUUAGAUUUAUCUGAAGUAUAUAUCCUUGUUAAUUA